GGUGAGCAAGAAGCCAUGGUCAAGAUUAAAUCUCGGGACCUGCGUGGCAAGAAGACGGAAGAGCUGCUAAAACAACUGGACGAUUUGAAGGUGGAGCUAUCCCAGCUUCGCGUCGCCAAGGUGACAGGUGGCGCCGUGUUGAAGCUCUCCAAGAUACGAGUUGUCCACAAAUCCAUCGCCCGUGUCCUCACUGUCAUUAACCAGACUCAAAAGGAAAACCUCAGGAAAUUCUACAAGGGCAAGAGGUACAAGCCUCUGGACUUGCGACCCAAGAAAACUAGAGCCAUGCACCGGCUCACCAAGCGCGAGGAGAAGCUGAAUACAAAGAAACAGCAGCGGAAGAAGAGGCUGUACCCGCUGGGAAGGGCAAUAAAGUGCAAGACUGGGGAGAGAGAG